AUGUCUGACGAAGAGGCUACUGCUUUGGUCAUUGACAAUGGCUCCGGAAACGUGAAGGCCGGUGUCGCGGGAGAUGAUGCUCCCCGUUGCGUCUUCCCUAGCAUCGUUGGUAGGCCGAAGAAUCCCGCUCUUAUGGUGGGCAUGGACGAAAAGGACACCUACGUAGGAGAUGAAGCGCAAGCCAAGCGUGGUAUUCUGACCCUGAAGUAUCCCAUUGAGCACGGUAUUGUGACUAAUUGGGAAGAUAUGGAGAAGAUCUGGCAUCACACUUUCUACAACGAACUUCGUAUUGCACCUGAGGAACACCCCGUAUUGUUGACUGAAGCUCCCAUGAACCCCAAGGCCAACCGUGAGAAGAUGACCACCAUUAUGUUCGAGACACACAACGUACCUGCUAUGUAUGUUGCCAUCCAGGCCGUCCUUUCGUUGUACUCUUCUGGUCGUACCACCGGUAUUGUCCUGGAUUCAGGUGAUGGUGUUACUCACACCGUCCCCAUCUACGAGGGUUAUGCUCUGCCACACGCUAUCAUGCGUAUCGACCUCGCCGGUCGUGAUCUGACAGAAUUCAUGCAGAAGAUUUUGGCCGAGCGUGGUUUCACCUUCACCACCACUGCUGAAAAGGAAAUUGUGAGAGACAUUAAGGAAAAGCUCUGCUACAUUGCACUUGACUUUGAGGAGGAAAUGAACUCUUCCGCUUCUUCCAGUGAAAUCGAAAAAUCUUACGAACUUCCUGAUGGAAACAUCAUCACCGUGGGAAAUGAGCGUUUCAGAUGUCCGGAGGUGCUUUUCCAACCAAGCUUCAUCGGACAGGAAUCAGCCGGUAUUCACACGACUACUUUCAACUCGAUUGCAAGGUGUGAUGUAGAUAUUCGCAAGGAUCUCUACGCAAACGUUGUUCUAUCUGGAGGUACAACCAUGUACGAGGGUAUAGGUCAGCGUAUGACCAAAGAACUAAACGCUCUUGUGCCCAGCACCAUGAAGAUCAAGGUCGUAGCCCCCCCGGAGCGUAAAUACUCUGUUUGGAUUGGAGGAUCCAUUCUUUCUUCCCUCUCUACCUUCCAGCAGAUGUGGAUCACCAAGGAGGAGUUCGACGAGUCAGGACCAAACAUUGUCCACAGGAAGUGUUUCUAA